GACAAAAGCAGCUAACGCGCGCAUUCCGGAGCGAGCUGCCGCGACGUGUGCUCGUGCGAACUCGAUCUCGUACUCGUAGCCCACUUGGUCGCGAUUGCAAUUAUCACCCAUAAUCGCCGCAACAAUCAUCCCAUAUCGUGACGUCAUUGAUUUAGUAUGUCGCUGAGCCGCGUGUCGGCCCGGUGUGUCCGCAGCUUCUUGGUGCAGUGACAUUCCAGUGAGCGCCAUGAAUUCGUACUUCGAGCAGAGCGGCUUCUACGGGAGCCACCACCACCAGAGCGGCUCCGUCGGCGGCGCCCACCACCACGAGCAGAGCGCGGCGGCGGCGGCCGCCUACCGCUCUUUCCCGCUCAGCCUCGGCAUGUCGCCGUACGCCUCCAGCCAGCACCACCACCACCACUCGCUCCACCAGGCGCGGCCGCCCCAGGACUCCCCGUACGACGCGUCGGUGGCGGCGGCAUGCAAGCUCUACUCCUCGUCCGCGGACGGCCAGCAGAACUCCGUCAACUACAGCACGUCCAACUCGAAGCCGGACUGCUCCAAGGGCAACGCCGACCAGAACGGUUACGCCUCCGUGGUGGCGGCGGCCGCCGUCAAGGACGUUUGGCAAAGUGCGACUUCUGGCGGUGGCGCUAACUUGACGAACAGUUUGACGGGGCCGGUGCGGCCGGCGGCGUGCACGCCGGACUCCAGGGUGGGAUACGGGUCGGCGGUGGGACUCGUCGGCGGCGACCCGGCGUCGAGCCCGGGGGCGGCGGCUGGCAGGACCGCCAACUCGCUCUCGUGGAAUAACCCCUGCUCCAUCAACUCUAGCUCGUCCCAGCCGGUCGGCACGCAGAUCCACCAGCAGACGAAUCACACGUUUUACCCCUGGAUGGCCAUUGCAGGUGCGAAUGGCCUUAGAAGGAGAGGCCGUCAGACGUAUACCCGGUACCAGACCCUGGAACUGGAAAAAGAAUUCCACACAAACCACUACCUGACCCGGCGGCGGCGGAUAGAAAUGGCGCACGCCCUCUGUUUAACAGAACGACAAAUAAAAAUAUGGUUCCAGAAUCGGCGAAUGAAAUUAAAGAAGGAAAUUCAAGCCAUCAAAGAACUAAACGAACAAGAAAAACAAGCACAAGCUCAAAAAGCGGCGGCAGCGGCAGCUGCGGCGGUGGCUUCUCAAGUGGACCAGAAUUAGUGGAUUACUUCGGUGUUGUUGGCGGAUCAACAUAAUUCUUAAAACAAGAGUCCUGACACGGCAAUGCCUCAGGCCUUCGUUGACCAGGAAGUUGGCGCCAACCUCUACCGGAUUCAUCGACUAAAUCGGACCACAAUGUGAGAACACUACUACAUACGUACUACGCCAAAAUGGACCCGUCAUGUGACAUGUGUAUACUUUUAGUGGUUAGUGUAAAAAUUAUUUAUAAUCCAAAGUAAUUAAUGUUAACAGUGACGAGAUAUUUUUCGAACUGUACUUUUGUUUUAUAAAACUAUUGUAAAGAAACAUGUGCGAAUGAUUACUUAUAUACGUAAUUGGGUUUAUGUGCCAUAAUUCAGAAAAAGUUAACGAUAUACGUAAAUUAUAAUCCUAGUAGAUGUAAGAACUAAAUUAUGAGGAAAUAUAAGUAAGUGACUGAGUAUUUUUUCUAUUAGUGAAGAUUUUUAUUCUGUACAUAUUGUUCAGUAGUGGUCCCACAAGAUCACAAAAAUGUGUAUUAAUAAAAAUUGUUCAAAACCAGUCGAAACUGUUUUUGUGGUCUUGGAACCUGUUUGUCGAAUGUCCACUUGCAAUUCUUCAUGGAUCUCUUAAUUUUGUUAUUUUACAUUAUAAAUAUAGGCAUAAUUGUGUAAACUGUAAGGGAAUUUUCGAAUGGCUGCUGCAGUUUAUCGAUGUUGUCGAAUACUAUGCUGAAAACGCCCAGCCACAUUGGAAAAUUGCGACCUGUAAAUAUAGAACUCUGUUUGCUAUUUUUCUAGAGCACCGCUUGUACUAAUUUAAAUUUUGUUUCCUGUAUAUGCUGUAAAUAACAAAAAUUAAAACCUCUUUAAGAAUUUAUGCAUCUGUGCGUAUCGUACCUAAAAUAGCUUAAGAAAAUAUACAUUUUAUAUUUUAAGAUGUAUGACUUUAGUUUAAUUGUUUGAAACGAAAGUACAAGAAAUGUAUACGUAAAUGUACUAAUUACGCAGAGGAACUCUGUACCUUGCAAACCAGUGUGUUUGGGCUGAAGCUACAUCUUCGUAAUCCUAAAACUUUGUACAUAAGCUGUAAAAUUUUCAUAGGGUAAGGAUAAAAUGUAUACUGUUCAUCUAGAGUAUUGUUUGUUUUUCUUUCUCGUUUUUUAUCGACAUUUUGUUGCUUAUUUGUUGCUCAAGAUUUAAUUUUUCAUGUAAUAUACGCUCCCUAUCUUCUCUGUCGUCUA